GUUUCUUCUAGCGCUUGCUGUGCAGAGGAGCGGCUGUUUAAGUGUGUCACUUUAUUUUAAUUGCAAUAAGAGCGAGUCCUGGGAGCUGAGCCAGGCAGCGGAGAACUACACAAAGACAUCCAAGAAAGUUGGGACUUCAGCGGGUGACACGCAAAGAUGGGACGCGGAGAAGGAGGGCGAGAUCAAUAUGAUCUGGCAGCAACCUCAGAGCAAAGUGGGAAGAAAAAGAACAAGAACAGAAAAGAUAUGGAUGAGCUGAAAAAGGAAGUGGAUUUGGAUGAUCACAAGCUGAGCUUAGAUGAGCUUCAUCGUAAAUAUGGCACAGACUUGAACAAGGGUCUUACAUCUGCACGUGCACAAGAAAUCCUUGCCCGUGACGGCCCCAAUGCCCUCACUCCUCCACCUACCACACCAGAGUGGGUGAAGUUCUGUAAGCAGAUGUUUGGAGGCUUCUCCAUGCUGCUGUGGACUGGUGCAGUUCUCUGCUUCCUUGCUUAUGGUAUUCAAGCAGCAAUGGAAGAUGAACCAGCCAAUGACAAUCUGUAUCUGGGAGUUGUGCUUUCAGCUGUUGUCAUCAUCACUGGUUGCUUCUCGUACUACCAAGAAGCCAAGAGCUCGAAAAUCAUGGACUCCUUCAAGAACCUAGUUCCCCAGCAAGCUCUGGUUAUCCGGGACGGUGAGAAAAAGCACAUAAAUGCUGAGGAUGUGGUGCUGGGUGAUUUGGUGGAGGUAAAAGGUGGAGACAGGAUCCCGGCAGAUGUUCGAAUCAUUUCUGCACAUGGUUGCAAGGUGGACAACUCAUCUCUUACCGGAGAGUCAGAACCUCAGACUCGUUCUCCAGAUUUCUCCAAUGAUAACCCUCUGGAGACCAGGAAUAUCGCUUUCUUCUCUACCAACUGUGUGGAAGGCACUGCGCGCGGUAUCGUCAUCAGCACUGGCGAUCGUACUGUCAUGGGCCGAAUUGCCACACUUGCGUCUGGUCUCGAGGUGGGCAGGACGCCCAUCUCUAUUGAAAUUGAGCACUUCAUCCACAUCAUAACAGGCGUGGCUGUAUUUCUUGGACUUUCCUUCUUCAUCCUUUCUCUUAUCUUGGGCUACAGCUGGCUUGAAGCAGUCAUCUUCCUCAUUGGGAUCAUUGUGGCUAAUGUGCCUGAAGGUCUUCUCGCUACUGUUACUGUGUGUCUCACAUUAACAGCAAAACGCAUGGCAAAGAAGAACUGCCUAGUGAAGAACCUUGAGGCUGUGGAAACCCUGGGUUCCACUUCAACUAUCUGCUCAGACAAGACUGGAACCCUGACACAGAACCGCAUGACUGUUGCACACAUGUGGUUUGACAACCAGAUCCAUGAAGCUGACACCACAGAAAACCAGAGCGGAACCAGCUUUGAUCGGAGCUCAGCCACCUGGACCUCCCUGGCACGCAUUGCUGGUCUUUGUAAUAGGGCUGUUUUCUUAGCAGAGCAAACUGAUGUUCCUAUUUUAAAGAGAGAUGUUGCUGGAGAUGCCUCAGAGUCUGCUCUCCUGAAGUGUAUUGAACUUUGUUGUGGAUCUGUAAAAGAAAUGAGGGACAAAUAUACAAAAGUGGCAGAAAUCCCCUUCAACUCCACUAAUAAAUACCAGCUCUCAGUGCACAAGAACCCAGAUUCUGCGUCAGAUUCCAAAUACUUACUUGUAAUGAAAGGAGCACCAGAGAGAAUACUAGACCGCUGCAGCACCAUAAUGAUACAAGGGAAAGCUCAGCCCCUGGACGAGGACAUGAGAGAAGCUUUUCAGAAUGCUUACCUGGAACUGGGAGGGCUUGGAGAGAGAGUUCUGGGAUUUUGCCACUUCUUCUUGCCUGAGGAACAAUUUCCAGAGGGCUUCCAGUUUGAUACAGAUGACACAAACUUUCCUACUGAGAAUCUUUGCUUUGUUGGUCUCAUGUCCAUGAUUGAUCCUCCACGUGCAGCAGUGCCAGAUGCUGUGGGAAAAUGCAGGAGUGCUGGUAUUAAGGUUAUAAUGGUCACUGGUGACCAUCCAAUCACUGCGAAGGCUAUUGCCAAAGGUGUUGGAAUUAUCUCUGAGGGCAAUGAGACUGUUGAAGACAUUGCUGCACGCUUGAACAUUCCUAUCAAUGAAGUCAAUCCAAGAGAUGCUAAAGCAUGCGUGGUCCACGGUGGAGAUCUUAAAGACCUUAGUUCAGAACAGCUAGAUGACAUCCUAAAAUACCACACAGAGAUAGUAUUUGCUAGAACCUCACCACAGCAGAAACUGAUCAUUGUUGAAGGGUGUCAGCGCCAGGGAGCCAUUGUGGCUGUUACAGGUGAUGGUGUGAAUGAUUCUCCAGCUUUAAAGAAAGCUGAUAUUGGGGUUGCUAUGGGCAUUGCUGGCUCAGAUGUAUCCAAGCAGGCUGCUGACAUGAUCCUUCUUGACGACAACUUUGCAUCAAUUGUGACUGGAGUAGAAGAAGGCCGACUGAUCUUCGACAACCUGAAGAAGUCCAUUGCAUACACUCUGACCAGUAACAUCCCAGAGAUCACACCUUUUCUGCUCUUCAUCAUUGCAAACAUCCCUCUGCCACUGGGAACUGUCACCAUUCUAUGUAUUGACCUCGGAACAGACAUGGUCCCAGCUAUUUCCCUGGCAUAUGAAGCUGCUGAGAGUGAUAUCAUGAAGAGACAGCCCAGAAACCCUAAAACAGACAAGCUAGUAAAUGAAAGACUCAUUAGUAUUGCGUAUGGCCAAAUAGGUAUGAUACAGGCGCUAGCUGGCUUCUUCACGUAUUUUGUUAUCCUGGCUGAAAACGGGUUCCUGCCAGCAAGACUACUUGGAAUCCGUGUGUAUUGGGAUGAUAAAUAUGUUAAUGAUCUUGAGGACAGCUAUGGGCAGCAGUGGACAUAUGAACAGAGAAAGAUUGUGGAGUUCACCUGCCACACUGCCUUCUUCACCAGCAUUGUGGUUGUGCAGUGGGCUGACCUGAUCAUCUGCAAGACCAGGAGGAACUCUGUCUUCCAGCAAGGAAUGAAGAAUAAAAUCCUCAUAUUUGGACUGUUUGAGGAAACUGCUCUUGCCGCAUUCUUGUCUUACUGCCCAGGGAUGGAUGUGGCUCUGAGAAUGUAUCCGCUCAAACCCAACUGGUGGUUCUGCGCUUUCCCAUACUCUCUCCUCAUCUUUAUCUAUGAUGAAAUGAGAAAGCUCAUCAUCAGGCGCUAUCCUGGAGGCUGGGUGGAGAGAGAGACAUACUAUUAAAACCUCAUAUCAACAGAACUUGAGUGUAUUUGUUUAGAGUUCUGAUAGUUUGCUACUCUGGAUUUUAACCUCUUUCCCUCUAAAUAUGUUUUUUAACCAAUUUUCUUACCAUCUUUUAACUGUAAUGCGAAUAAACAAUGAAUGUAGACCCAUUUCAUUCUUUUAAAAUACUUAGCAAUCUUUGGUCUUUUUAUUCUAUAUUUAGGAAUGCAUUCUGUAUGUCUUGUGACACACUUAAACUGGAUGGUUCUUAGAAUCUGAUCAACAGUGAAAGAUGAGAAAAAUGGAAGGAAGUGGUAGCUUGGAUACCCUCAAGCAGCUCUAAAGUAUUUCAUUUGUAGAGAGGAAGUACAUUGUGGGAACCAGGGUUAGCCUGCACUGGAGGUGUUUCAAUUCUCCAUGACAACAUGGUCCCUUUUAUUGGCUUUGUUCAUUUGUCCAUUCAUUCCUUCAAGCCUCUUUUAUGUGUAAAGGCUAUUUAAAUGCAAGACCGCUGUGUUAUUCUUUCUUCUUUUUUUUUUUUGGAGAGUCAGUUAUACACAAGGAGACAAUCAGUGAUGAAUUGGUAUUGUCCAAAUACACGUAAUGAUGCACAUAUUAAAUUAGUGAAUUUAUGGUUUUAUACACACUAUCAUUAUUUGUCAUCACUUGAGGUGAAACACAAAUGAUUAAAUGUCUUAGAGAGGGUGAGAUAAUGCAUUCAAGGGCCCAGUAGCUCAGCUGAGGCUAUCUCCAACUUACCACCCACCAUCAAACUCUGCCAGAAUUUCCCAUGCUUCAUUAGAAUGAAUUAAUGGGGAGAAAAUGGUGUCAUUGAGUAGUCAAGCUCUGGGCUUUGAUUAAUUGUUUCUUUACUGUGAGAUGAGCCUAACAAAAUAUUACACCACAAGGGAAGGAUUCUAAUGCACUGAAUGUAAUAUAUUUUUAAAUAUCCAUGGACUCAUUGACUUUUUUUUCUCCUAAUGUGUCAAACAAGACACAUUAACUUUUAGCACAGAGAGCUGAGUCUCCAGCUCAUAGCCUUCUUCUGUUCCAAGAUGCUUGAAUUGGGCUUUAGUUGAAUUGAGAAUGUGACUUGGCAGGAGCAGCUUUUGUGCAGUUGAGUGAAAAUGGGGUGCUUGUUGGGCUGAAAGAGCCCCCAGCUCUGGGGCCCAGCAUGUGAUGCCAUGGAUGAAUUCUAGGCCACUUGUGACUUAUGUAAUGUCAGGGUCUUUAUACACCUGUGUUUGUAAAUAGUCAAAAUUUUGGCAGAUGAAUAGAAUUUAGGCCUCAGUCGCAAAUGAGUUAUUAUAGCAGUGCAUUAAAAAAAUCAUACAAACC